CAGAGAUUCUAUACUUGCUAAUGUCCUCGUUCUGAAGAAGGUUCAGGUAAUUUAAAGAUGCCAGGACUUGAACCAUCAUCUGGUGUGGAAAGAAUUGUGGAAAACAUUGCCAAAUUCCCCCCGGAACUAUUCGCUCAAACAUGUCAGCGGAUCCUAACUCAUCUCCAAGGACAGACCAGGGGAGUGGACACCGCAGAGAUUUCUGACAGGUUCCAAAAUGCAGGAAUCCGACUGGAUCAGGACGCUCUUGAGGAGGUCAUCAGAUUCCUCUUGUUAACUUUCAGGUCUGCUGGGAAGAGCAACCUAUCAGGUGCUGCUCUGGUGUCCAGGCUGGGAGAAGGCUGCAUUAGGUGGCCCCCAGCCAGCCUGCAGGUCCUCCAGCAGCUCUGGAGCGAGCAGGGCGCUCUGGUACACACCCAGCAGGAGGCCCAGGCCAUGCUUGGCAUCGGACAGCUUGUGGACAUGCAGUGGAAGCUAGGGAUGGCGGUGAGCUCGGACACGUGUCGCUCUCUCAACUCCCCCUACGUCUCCUUGCUCCUGAAGCUGGCCAACACGUCAGGACUGAUAACCCAGAGGUCCUUUGAGAUGACAGUGCCACAGUUCCAGAACUUCUACAGACAGUUCAAGGAAAUGGCUGCUGUUCUGGAGACUGUGUGACAGACAAACAGUUCUUUACUCCUGCUGAGGAAUCAUCCUUGUGACAGUGUUGGCUAUGUUUACAUGAUGUAUCAUGAAAUCUCAUAAAUGUGAGAUGGCUUUAUUAAAUAUCUAGUAUAACUGUUUAGUUAAUAACUGAAAAAUGGUUUGUAUGUCAAAAUGUUUCAUUUUCAGUGUUAAUAGUUUCUUUUUUAACAGUAGAUUAUGUGGGUAGGUGUUGGUGACCAACCUACUGAACAUAUGCUAUCUAGCUUCUGUCACAGGCUAAACUGUUUCUGCUUCGCACUGCUGUGUCUUAUUUUGGGGAUAUACUGUACAAAACUGCACUCUGAAAUGUUAAACCUUGUGAUGCAGUUGGAACGCAUAGUUGUGUGUACCUAUUUUGCCAAAUAACUUAUGAGCUGAAUUGAAAUAUUCAAAAUUGUUAUUUUAUUUGAACAUGUUUUUUUCUCUAUUGUUACAUUUGGUGCUGAUCUCUCUUCCUUUGACAUAGGUAAAACUUUAUUUUUCUACGCUUCUUCAUGGGACUUAGUACAGCUUAAUAAAUGAUGUUAUGAGCACAUUAAGGCUCUUCCAUCCCAUAUCCAGAAA